GAUGACCGCUGGGUAUGGAAGCUUGGCAGGUCAAUACAGAUGCUUACAGUUCAAACUCAGCUCCUUACAACAGAGGUUGAUAGCCUUAAGCAGGCUAUUAGGAAUGAGAAGAAGCGACGGCAGCAUGGCAAGCCUCUCCAACUUGUAGCUCCUACUCAGAGUGAGGGUGGAGCCAUCUUUUGGAGUUCUAAUAAGGUACAACAAGCUCGUGAUCACCAAGCUCAAAAAGAAGCAGCAGCAAAGUCUUAA